AUGAAACGAGCAUCUUCUCUGUUUAGGCUUCUCUCAGCCUCCAGUAGGAGCCGGAUUCUUCAAUCUAGCCCCGAAUUCAUCCAAAGCUCCAAAUCUCCAGCCGCCAUAUUUAGCAGGUACGCUAAUCCGACCCGAUUUUACUCUUCAGAAUCGGAUCCAUGGAGUAGAUCAAAUCCCGAGAAGCAGCAGCGAAGCGAUCCAUCAUCCCUUGAAGGUGUCGAUGUGGUGAGCGAUGAAGAGCUGAAGAGGCGAAUCGAGAGGUUCUAUAACGGGGACGGAGAUGCGAUCCCGUCGAUAUUUGAAGCCAUCUUGGCGAGGAAGCUGGCCGGGGUCAGCGACGACGAGAAUCUGAUGAAGGAGCUCCGGGAGAAGUUCCCAAUGGAGAAUGUGGAGAAGGAAGGAGGGUUCGACUUCGAUGACGAGGAAUUGGACGACGACGACGAAGUGGAUGACGAGGAGGAUCAUUAG